AUGUAUCCUUGUUUGGUAGUACACAUGUCAGGAAAAGCUGUGUUAUCAAGUGUUGGAGACGUAGGCCCAGUUAGAUUUGGACAACAGUCAUUUAUGACGAAGAAUUUCGUUGAUGCAAUAAAAAUGGGAGUAGGCUUCAUAAGAAGUGAUACUAAAUUGUAUUUGCGUCCAUAUGUUCUUGGAAAAGGUAGCAGCUUACUCAAUACAACAUUGGAUUUUGGACUUGGAGUAACUAUGAAAAGAAAUCAACCUACAAUCAUGCAAAAUAGGAGACAGCAAAACAUUCAUCAAGCAGUUUGUGCUGGUGAUAUUGUACAGGUUUAUAAUUCUCUGACAAGAUACACGUCUUGUGCAAAUGAUUAUAAUUUUUCGUUUCAAACACCACUGCAAAUUGUCUACAAAAACGUUACAGUUUGCGCUGAUCACGAGACUGUACAAGAUAGAAACAAAUUGAUAUUAAUAAAACUGCUUAUUGAUCACGGAGCAGAAGUUAACAUGCAAGGAUUACUAAACAAGUCGCCACUCUUCUUAGCAAUUCAAAAAAACCAGGUUGAGGGUUCGAAGCUCCUUUUAAGAAAUAAUGCCGAUCCGAAUGUUGUAAACGAUUUGUAUGACUCAGCUCUUCAUGCCUCGGUUAAAUCACAAUUCGAAGAUAUUACAAAACAUCUGUUGCUCUACCAGACAGAUCUUAAUAUAGUUAAUAUUUUUGAUUAUACGCCUUUAGAUGAGGCCAUAUAUAACUCAAAGUUUAAUAUGGGGCAAAUUCUUAUAAAACAUGGUGCAAAAAGCAAAAAUAUUUAUGAGAGAUUGUUCAAUGCGUGUGAUGUAGUAAGCACGUACCCGAUGUUGAACGAGCAACCGUUUAUCGAAUUUCUACUAUACCACGCAACUGAAAUAGAUUCUCACGGACAAUUCACUCUCGAAGCACUAAUGUAUUACAUAGUAACUACGCAGCAUCACGAAAGAAAUGAAGACCAAUGCUUUCUCAGAUCAUACUUGGACAUGAUGGGGAUUAAUAUUGAUAACGGCAUGAGUGACUCCGACCUGCAUAUAGCUAUCUAUGACGAAAAUAAAAGAGAUAUCCUAACUUUACUCAAAAGCGGAUCGGACGUCAACGUGAAAAAUAAUUUUGGUAACUCGCCCCUACAUUUGCUACUUGAAACAAACGACAGUUGUAAUAAGAAAUGGUACUACAAAAUUGCUAAACUACUUAUUGAAUAUGGAGCGGAUUUGCGUUCUAAAAACUGUCUUGACGAAACGCCAUUUUCCAAAGCUGUCAAUGAAUCGCACGACAUAAAAUUGAUAAUGAUGAUGCUAGCUAAAACGGCAGGAGUUUAUGGAAUACUGUCACUAGACCUACCAGAAGAAAUAGAUAUACCUUAUUUAACUACUGCCUACGAUGAGAAUGAACUAAAGUUACACGAAUUGAUCACUGCUAUCGCAUUAUCUCAGGAGCAGCUUGUUGACCGUCUACUCGAAAUAGAUAGACUUCCCUUGGAAAGCAAAAAUUACUGUUGUCAAGACGUUAACACUGCCUUGAUUACAGCUAUCGAUAAAGGCAACUAUAGUAUCGUUAAGAUGUUAUUAGAGUCUGGUUUCCGCACAAACAGGCGCUUUCACACAACUUGUUCUAGUUACAGAAGACAUAAAAAUGAUUUAAAAAUAGUAUGUUUGCUUUUCGAGUUCAAAGAUAGCAACAUAAUCCAUCAUAUGAUGAAGAAGGCAUUUUUCGAAGUUGUAGAAAACUCAGAUCCAAAUAAAAUUAAUCUCAGUUCAGAUGCUUUUUAA